UUUCCUUCUGCCUCUGCAGCCUGGGUGACUCCUGUGCCGUGUGCGGGACCUGGGCCACCAGGGCAGCCAGGUCGGUCCCUGCCUUCGGAAGGCCCCCUGCCCCGGGCCCCAGGGCCCUGGAGAUCAUGAUGGCGUAUAUGAACCCGGGGCCCCACUACUCCGUGAACGCCUUGGCCCUGAGCGGCCCCAGCGUGGAUCUGAUGCACCAGGCUGUGCCCUACCCGAGCGCCCCCCGGAAGCAGCGGCGGGAGCGGACCACGUUCACGCGGAGCCAGCUGGAGGAGUUGGAGGCCCUGUUUGCCAAGACCCAGUACCCGGACGUGUACGCCCGCGAGGAGGUGGCGCUGAAGAUCAACCUGCCAGAGUCCAGGGUGCAGGUGUGGUUCAAGAACCGCAGGGCCAAGUGCAGGCAGCAGCGGCAGCAGCAGAAGCAGCAGCAGCAGCCGCCGCCGCCGGGGGCGCAGGCCAAGGCUCGCCCGGCCAAGAGGAAGGCGGGCGCGUCCCCGCGGCCCUCAGCCGACGUCUGCGCAGACCCGCUGGGGCUCUCCGAGGCCUACAGCCCGCCUCUGCCCGGCCCCUCGGCCUCCCCCACCGCGGCAGUGGCCACCGUGUCCAUCUGGAGCCCGGCCUCGGAGUCCCCUCUGUCCGAAGCGCAGCGGGCGGGGCUGGUGGCCUCGGCGCCGUCUCUGACCCCGGCCCCCUACGCCAUGACCUACGCGCCCGCCUCCGCGUUCUGCUCCUCCCCCUCCGCCUACGGGUCUCCCAGCUCCUACUUUAGCGGCCUAGAUCCCUACCUCUCCCCCAUGGUGCCCCAGCUGGGGGGCCCGGCCCUCAGCCCCCUCUCAGGGCCCUCCGUGGGGCCCGCCCUGGCCCAGUCCCCCACCUCCCUGUCGGGCCAGAGCUACGGCGCCUACAGCCCAGUGGACAGCUUGGAAUUCAAGGACCCCGCGGGCACCUGGAAGUUCACCUACAACCCCAUGGACCCGCUGGACUACAAGGACCAGAGUGCCUGGAAGUUCCAGAUCUUGUAGGAGACGCCGCCGAGUGCAGAGGCUGGGGCUGCCUCCCCGACCCGCGUCCAGCAAGCGCUAGGUCCGGUCCACGCCAGGUGCAGCUUAGCUGCUCCCAGCCCCACCGGGUCCUCCGCAGGGAGCGGCUCCUGCUGCCUGCCCCUGGCUCAGCGGGUGUGGGACCCCCAGCCCCCGGUUGGGGAAGCUGCAGCCGCGCGGACUCGCAGCCGGCCUUGCGGGGGGGGGGGGGCUCCGUUCGUCUCCUCUCCACUUGGGCUCUUCUCUAGCGCACGUUAGGGGUCCUCGUAGAAAUCCCCAGGAUGGACUUGGAAGGCCCGCCGCAGCAGCCCGCUAAAACGCCCCCUGAACGCCCCCUGGGAAUUCGACAGACUUCGAGGAUGGCAGCUCUGUGUCAAACCCCAGGGCAUUCCAGAGCGCUCCUGGGAAGAUGGCAUUCGAAGAGAACGUUU